UAUUACUUAGCUCUGGUAUUCUAGUCACUGUUGUUACUUGUUAGUUGUUCUUUCGAAUCUUGAGUUUUGAGUAUUCGCUCGCCAGUGCUGAUUUUGUUUAAAGCUAUUAAAGCAAUAUUUUUUAAUUUUUUUAAACUAUGAUGUCUGAAUCAAAUGCAAAGAGAAAUCUUAUGAGAAAUUGUACUGAACAGGGAAAAAAAAUAAUGAUUGAUUUAGUGUUGGGAUUAAAAUCUACAUUUGAUAAUAUGAAAGUAAAUAGACUGAUGCGGUUUGGAACUAAAAAAAAAAGUGAAGCUCGGUCUGAUAUCAUCAGUCUAUAUAAUGUGAAACAGAAAUCUGGUGUCGAAAUAAUUGUACAGCUGAAAAAUAUAUUUAAUGGACUCAAGCUAGAUGCCCGAAAAAAAAGAAUUCAUGAAAAGCGAGCAUUUUGUACAUUUUGUCUCGGAUUAGGACGGCAAAGAUUUAAAUGUGUUCAAUGUGAACAGCUUAAUCAAAAAAAAUUCAUAAACUUGGUAAAAAUGCUUGUGAAACUAAUGAUUCUUUCAGUGAUGACAUGGAUGGAGAUUCUAUGACAUAUCAAAGUACACUUUGCUCUGAUAUUGAUUUGCCAGAUUUUAAAGAUUGUUCUGAUCAAAAUAAUGUUAUUGAUCAAACAACUGAUUCUGUCUCCAUUGAACAUCCACCAGCUAAAACAGAUGAUAAAGAAGUUAAAGUUUCUUGCCAGUAUUCUAUUGAUGACUUUGAACUAAUUAAGACUAUUGGUCGUGGUAGCUUUGCUAAAGUGCUUAUGGUUGAACUUAAAAAAAACCAUAAAAUCUAUGCUAUGAAAGUUAUAAACAAAAAACUGAUAACUGAAAACAAUAAUUUGGUACAAACAGAGAAAUAUGUUUUUGAAACUGGUUCUAACUAUCCAUUUUUGGUUAGUCUCCAUUCUUCCUUCCAAACAGAUAGCCGAUUAUUCUUUGUAAUGGAAUUUGUUCAUGGAGGCGACUUGAUGAAUUUUAUGCAAAAGCGAAAACGACUGCCUGAAGAACAUGCUAGAUUUUAUGUUGCGGAAAUUGGCUUAGCGUUGAACUUUUUGCAUACUAAAGGUAUAAUAUAUCGAGAUUUAAAAUUGGAAAAUGUAGUACUUGAUCAUGAGGGCCAUAUAAAAUUGACAGAUUAUGGAAUGUGUAAACAAGGAAUGAAGCCUGGAGAUACAACUUCUACAUUCUGUGGUACUCCAAAUUAUAUGGCUCCAGAAAUUUUAAAAGAAGAAGCUUAUGGAUUUAGUGUGGAUUGGUGGGCUCUAGGAGUUGUUUUAUAUGAAAUGUUGGUUGGCAAAUGUCCAUUUUCUGAAACAUCAAACCUAGCUGAGGAACGUUUAUUCGAAGCCAUUUUGGAAAAUCAUCUUCAUAUUCCAAGAUCACUUUCUGUUGAAACUGCUUCGGUUUUAAAAGGAUUUUUAAAUAAAAAUCCUAUUGAUCGUUUGGGUUGCAAUAAAUACACUGGUUUUCAUGAUGUUAAAACUCAUCCAUUCUUCAAAUCUAUUGAUUGGGAAAUGUUAGAACAAAAGCAAGUUAUUCCUCUUUAUAAACCGCAACUAAAUUCUGAUCGUGAUUUUGCCAAUUUCGCAUCAGAAUUUACAGAAGAACCUGUACAUUUAACGCCUGAUGAUCCGCAAAUCAUCGAUCAGUCUAACUUUGAGGAUUUUGAUUAUGUGAAUCCACUUUUAAUGUAAGCAGCCAUUACUCGCCGCCGUCUAGGAGAUGGUCUGCUGACCACCCUCUCCAUCGUAACAAAAUUGUAUUAUUAAAAUAAUAUGAAUCUGCCGACGAUAACGUCAUUUAUUUUAUAAGACUAAUAUUAUUAUUUUUAGAAAUAUAUAUACUUUAUUAUAUAUACAUAA